ACUUGGCAGUACCGAAAAUUGUAAACAAAAAUAUUUUUCGCCAAUAAACUGCAUUAAAAUCAAUAAUAAAAUGAAUAAUUCAGCUAAAAUAGUGGAAAACAGUUACAUUAGUCCACAAUGCCAGUAUUUCGUUAUGAGAAAAAAGCGUUUAUGCCGCAUGACCGUCAAACCAGGGAAACAGUACUGCGGUGAGCAUGAACCCCAACCGAAAACUGGCGACGGACAGGACGAUACGCGAAUACCGUGCCCCAAUGACCCAAAACACACCUGCUAUACAAGCAAGUUGGAGAAGCACCUCAGCAUAUGCAAUGCACGGCAACAAGAGCAACCCGACUACAUCAUACACAAUGUAAAUGUUCCUGCAGCAGUGGAGGACUGUCCUCGCCUGCCACUCUCUAAAAUACCACUGAAGAGGAUCUUGCAAGUUAUACACAAAGUCAAUGCACUGUAUGACACAUAUUUAAAAGACAAAAUUACCACUCUGGCCGAGCAACCGAUCCACAGUGCAGUGUUACCAGAGUUCAAUGAGGCGGGGCGCACGGAGAGCUCCCUGAGGCAUCUGCGCCAGGCCUCCAGCCUGUUGCAUGUAGUGGAGGAUGAAGGGUUAGUGGCUAACAACACAGCUUAUGUGGAGCUGGGAGCUGGGAAAGGUCACCUGUCUUACUACGCGUGGUAUGCGUGGUGCCAGGCCGCUGACAGCCAAGUGUUGCUGGUUGACCGAGCCUCCUUGAGGCACAAGAGGGACAACAAGCUCAAACUUACCAAAAACGCACAUUCUAGCCAACUUAAUGACAAAAUAUUCCAUUUGAAAAGGAACCCUUAUAAAAGGCUUAACAGUAAUGAAUUUGGUGAAGAAUUUAAUAAUUUAGAUGAUAAAUAUAAAAUGAUGGAUAGUGGUUUAGAAAGUAAUCCUAGUAAUAAUGAAAUGAGUGACAAUAUGAGUAACUCAGAUAAUAAUGACAAAAUAACGGAUAAUGAUUUAAAAAGAAAUCGUAAUAUUGAUGAAUUUAGUGAAAAAUUGAAUAAUUUGGAUGACAAGGACAAGACGGAUGAGGGUGACUGGAACGUGCAUCGCAUCAGAGCAGACCUGGCACACUUGCUGCUGGAGCGGGUGCCCGCCGUGCGAGCUUGCCGCGGCGUCGUGGGAUACGCUAAACACCUGUGUGGAGUUGCUACAGAUUUGGCGCUUCGCUGCAUAACUUCGCCUGGCGUGGUGGCGAAGGUUCGCGGCGUGGCGCUGGCCUCGUGCUGCCACCAUCGCUGCGAGCGAGCCGUCUACCCCGCUAAUGCACAUUUGCAGGAACUUGGAAUAGACGCAGGUGAUUUCAAUACUUUGCUGGGCAUAGUAUCAUGGGCAACCUGUGGCGACGGCCGAAGCCGCGAUCGACGCAACCAAGAUAAAAAUACCCAACAUACUGAUAACCCUGACCAAAAGAAUACGGAACCACUCGACUUCGACACCACGAAUCAAGACAGAAUGGAAUUACAAGAUGACAACUCUAUAAAAAAUACAAACCUCAUACAAAACACCAGGAAAUUGGGUGAAAGUGACGACCCUAAAGAAAACAGUAAUCAAGAAAAUCUUGAACCAGAUCGCGAAAUAAACGUAAAUCACAGCCCUGAACAUAGUGCACAAAUAAAUAAUACAAAAAAAUUACAUGAAAGCGACAACCCUAAAGAAAUUAAUAGCCAAAAAAUAGUCAGCCAUUUAACUGAAAAUGAGUUGGGAAGUAAAAAGUUGAACCUCAGCCAAGAGCAGCGGCAGGCGAUCGGUCGACGCGCCAAGGCGCUACUGGACUGGGGCCGGGCGCUGCAUCUCGAGCGGUGCGGCUUCCGCGCGCGCCUGCUGCGCUACGUGCCCGCCGGCGUGUCGCUGGAGAACGUUUGUAUUGUUGCUACUAAAGUGCUCAAAUAAAAAUAUGUAUUAUUUUUA